AUGAAUCCACAAAAUUGUCGAGAACUGGAUUUCUGUCUGGUGUGGGCGAAAAUAGACAACGAACCAUGGUGGCCAGGAAUUGUUAUCCCUGGUCAGGUUUGCAGAAAUACAGAAUCUGGGUAUGUCUGGAUAUUUUGGAACUCUGAAAGAAAUGUUUCUCAGGUGGAAGCAUCACAAGCCAUUGAUUUUUGGGAAAAUUUUGCGCGUUUUCAUGAUCCUAGUUUGCUAGAUGAAGGGUACCUUGAAGAUAACAUUACCAACAUUAAAUGCCAUGCUUGGCAAAAAGGCUACAGAAUUCAGUCAUGGAGUAAUGACAGUGUCCUCUCUUGGGCAAGAAAUGGUUUUCCAUCAUUGACACGACUGGCCAAAGAAACAAGAGAGCUACCUCAGAAUAUUAUGGAAGCUGUUAUUGAUGCAGGAAAGGGUCUUUAUUCUGUACCCACAUGCAGAGAUUAUUUAGUUAAAAAUGACCCAGAUGAAGGAAAACUUGUGGCUACAAACAUGCCAGAGAAGCCACCUUGGAGUGAUUUCCAGAGGCGUGAGUACAAUUUUUUUCUGAUAAACUGUCUCUCAAAUGCAUUCAUUCCAUUUUCAUGUGCAAUUCAAUGA